ACAUACACACCGUUCUAUUCCCAAAUAAAACAUUAAAACUAUACAACUUAUACAUGAUCACACACUUGAUUUGUCCAUAACCAGUUUUUAACCUGUGCCUUAAACAAGUUGAAUGUCGAGCAUUCUCUAAAGGAUUGAGGACUUCUAUGUUAUAUCCUUGCGCUUCUUUGCAGGAAAGCACUUGAUUAACGAUCACAAGAUUGAACGUCUCUGUCAAUUUACCCCAAGGAGACUGCGCAAAAAUAAUAAAAACAUUCUACUGUAAGACUCCACAGGUCUCAGGCCACAUGCUAACGUUCAUAACAUUAAAAUUCAUGACAGAAUAAUUCGAAGAAGCAUGGCUGGCUUUGAAGGGCUGCCAGGAGAAAUCAUCUUGUCUCUAAAAGAACAUGGCAGCACGGAGUAUGUUUGUGCAAACUGCAAAAUUUCAGAAACAAUGUUCUUUGACCAGAUGAGACCAAAUUGGAGAUGUUUGGCUACAAUGCACCGCCACCCAUUUGGUAGAGCCCAAACAUAUAUCAGCAUGUCAGGACCUCACACCUCCUACCAGCUGUCAAGCAAAGUGUUGGAAGGCUGAUGAUUUGGGCUUGUUUUGCACCCAUGGGAUCUGGGCACUUUGUACUCAGCGAGUAGCUGGUGAGUCGCUCCAGUCUGCAGGUAACUGUGGCGAUCUGCAAGCAAUCCAUGGCAACCUCGAGAAGAUUUUUAGUGCAUCACCCUUUUUCUGACAGAUUUUGACUACCAGCAAACUCACCCUGGAGUCAGGAAUAGAGAUCUUCCUGGAGGGACCACUGGUUCAGUGUUGUUGUUCAGUUGUGAACAAGCACAUGCAACAUCUUUUGAAUUUGUACUUACAACUAAAGUACCAAAGUCUUUCAGUGAUAGCAGACAACAUUUUGUUAAAGACUUAAGAGUCAGGAAGAUUUCAUUUUUAUGACACAUUACACCAUUACACUGGGAUUAAAAACCAUUUGAUGCUAAUGGCUGUUUGUUUAAUUUGAUUUUGAUGCACUUAAUGGUUGUGUGGCAUAUCUGAAAUAGUGUUGCUCAAACAAACACGCUGAUUCCUGUUUUUGAAUUUGCUCAGGUUGGAGAGCAGUGUGGUGCACAAAUACACUCAUCCAAGUGCCUUUAUUGUGGCAGCUGAAUGCACUUGCAGUGAAAUGCACAUUACUGCUCAGAAAAUAAUUACGAUUCAAGAGCCUGUUGCAGAGAUCGGUGUUAUCAAGUGCUAUGCUGGAAACCUGUCUUUUUAUGAAACCAACUGCAAAGCCCUGUAUGGAGAAGCCUUUCAUAUUCAAAUGGAAGUAAAAGCAGGUACGAAUGUGACCUACAGAAUCGAAGCUGAUGAAAAGCCGUUGUCCGGUUUAUCUGUGGUCAGAGGAACUGAACCCCAGAACGUCACAGUGACAUCAGAAAUAGUGACGCAGCUCGGGUCUGGCUGCCACCAUCUGACACUUUAUGCGUCUAACACCGUCACAUUCCUUGAAGUGUCCAAAGACCUGCAGGUGUGUGUUCUGGAGAAAAUAGUUGGACUUCAGGCCUCUGUGUUGACAGCGGGCGAUGAAUGUUUAGAUUCCCCAUUUAUUACUUUUGAUAUUUCCCUUGUACGAGGAGAGCCUGUGAUGCUCUUGUUUUCUCUUUCUGGAAACAAUGGCUUGUUCACUGAAACCAGACAAAUGAAUACCAGAAAGGAAAUGUUUGAAACUGAAAACCCAAUUCAAGGUUCUAUAGAAGCAAAACUCAGAGUUUGGAACAUCUUCUCCUCUCUUGAAGUGGUGCUGAAUAUAUCUGCUUCUUGUGAUAAAGAUUUAGGCUUUAAACCCAGCGAUCAAAAUGACAUUUUGUUUGGAAUGAACAACAGACGGAGAAAGAAGCAUGUUAGAGUUGGCAGAGCUCUACUGACACUCACAGCUAACCGUUCAGCUACAAUAACUCAAAGAGAUGGAGGGGAAGGAGACUGCGGAAACGACGACUGUGGAAAAGGCAACUGCAAAAAAGGGGGAGGAGACUGUUGCAAAGGCGACUGUGGAAAAGGCGACUGCGAAAAAGGGGGAGGAAACUGUUGCAAAGGCGACUGCGGAAAAGGGGGAGAAGACUGUUGCAAAG